GCCCGUCUGAUUGUGAUGAACGUCUAACACGUUUAAGCCGAGGUCCACGCGCUGUCAUUAUCAGGCGUACAAAUUUCGAGAAUACCGAAACAUGGCGCGUAGUGCGUGCGUGGGGGCAACCCCGUCUCAGCCUCCAUCUGAUGGCAGCAUCAGGCAGUCCCGUGAAACAUUUGCGUGGGAGUUCCCUUCACCGCCAUGUCGGGAUAGUGCACGUCUCUCUCUCACUCUCUCUCUCACUCCCUCUCUCUCCGCGCAUCCUCCCCCACAUUAACAGCUUAGGACAGCAGAAGCAGCUCCUACAGCAUCCAGCACCCAGCAUCCAUCCCUGCCUGGGGAGCAGCAGUCCUACCCGGCGCAGCACCGACGCACGGAGGGGGCGCAUCAUCUAAGUGAUGCCACAGCAUCAGCCGCAUUUCGACAACAAAUACUGAGAGUACAUCCUAAAGGAGAGGGAGCAGGAGGAAACAGAAGAUAAUAAAAAAAAAGCUUCAGCCUCGAAGACAGCAACUGCCCAUGAAGAUGUCUAACGCUGACAUCGUCUUAAACGCCACGGAUCGGAUGGUGAAAUCUGUCCCCUUCCCCUUGAGCCACCGCCUUACGAUGAAGGAAGUGUUUGACUGUGAAGGGAAACCUCGCGUGGAUCUCCUGAAGGCCCAUCUCACCAAGGAAGGUCGUGUGGAGGAGGCCGUGGCGCUCCGAAUCAUCAAUGAGGGAGCAGCUAUCCUGCGUCAGGAGAAAACUAUAUUAGACAUCGAGGCACCGGUCACAGUCUGUGGAGACAUCCAUGGGCAAUUCUUUGAUCUUAUGAAGCUGUUUGAAGUGGGAGGAUCACCAGCUACAACACGGUACCUGUUCCUUGGUGACUAUGUUGACCGUGGCUACUUCAGUAUUGAGUGUGUUUUAUACCUUUGGUCGCUGAAAAUCCUCUAUCCAAAGACACUAUUUUUACUUCGUGGAAAUCAUGAAUGUAGACAUUUGACAGAAUAUUUCACCUUCAAACAAGAAUGUAAAAUCAAGUACUCAGAGCAGGUGUAUGACUCGUGUAUGGACGCGUUUGACUGCCUUCCCCUGGCUGCGCUCAUGAACCAACAGUUUCUGUGUGUUCACGGUGGACUCUCACCUGAAAUACACACCUUAGAUGACAUUAAAAAGUUGGAUCGGUUCAAGGAGCCACCGGCUUUUGGGCCCAUGUGUGACCUGCUGUGGUCCGACCCUCUCGAAGACUUUGGCAAUGAGAAAACCCAGGAAUAUUUCAGCCACAACACAGUGCGGGGCUGCUCUUACUUCUACAGUUAUCCAGCUGUAUGUGAGUUCCUACAGAGCAAUAACUUAUUAUCCAUAAUUCGAGCGCACGAAGCACAAGAUGCUGGCUACCGGAUGUACCGUAAAAGUCAGACGACUGGAUUCCCAUCCCUCAUUACCAUCUUCUCAGCGCCAAACUACCUGGAUGUUUACAAUAACAAAGCUGCUGUACUGAAAUAUGAAAAUAAUGUGAUGAACAUCCGACAGUUCAACUGCUCACCCCAUCCCUACUGGCUGCCCAACUUCAUGGAUGUCUUCACCUGGUCUCUGCCGUUUGUUGGAGAAAAAGUCACAGAAAUGCUGGUGAACGUGCUGAGCAUUUGCUCUGAUGAUGAACUCAUGAAUGAUGAAGAUGAGAUUUUUGAUGCCAACGCAGCUGCACAACGCAAGGAAGUGAUCAAAAACAAGAUCCGCGCUAUCGGGAAGAUGGCCAAAAUGUUCUCUGUUCUCAGAGAGGAGAGUGAAAAUGUGUUGACACUUAAGGGCCUGACGCCCACUGGCAUGCUGCCAAGCGGGGUUCUUUCUGGAGGCAGACAGACACUGCAGAGUGCCACCAUUGAAGCCAUUGAAGCCAUCGAGACGCAUGAUGAGGACGGAGAAGCUAUCCGUGGGUUCUCCCCCCAGCACAAGAUCACCAGCUUUGAGGAGGCUAAGGGCUUGGACCGCAUCAAUGAGCGUAUGCCUCCUCGCAAAGAUGGGGUGAACCAUGUGGGUCACUCCAUUGGAAAGAUGAAUAUGUCAGAGGCAAACGGCACAGAAGACAACAGCAACAUCCAGUGAUGUGCUGUCUGAGCCUCAGAACUGCCGGUGGCUGCGCAGCAAGAACUUUGCUAAAUCCUGAAUUCAGGCCUCUGAACAUAAAAUAAAACAGGCCCUCAGAUAGAAAAUGAAAUCUGCAGCAAAUCUAAAAUGGCAAAAAGGUCAUUUCUUUCAUGACACUAUGUCAUUGCACGGUUGGGGGAGGGGGGAGUUGGGUUCACGGCAAAGGGCAGGCAUAAGGAGAGAUGAGCAGGCUUCAGCUCGACUGAAAAAAAAAGUCAAGUGAUUGAAAGUUGUGUCUGCCUGUUGUUCCCUUUCUCAAUUCAAUUACAGACUGAAUUGUUGGGGGUUGUUUUGUUUUAAGCGCUGACACGUGUCUGCUCCUUCAUCACAGGGCCUGACAGCAGACAUAAUUGCAGUAUCCAUGCCUCACAAAUCAUUUUAACUGUUUUAUAAGGUGUUUAUUAUGAGUCACUCACAAAUUCACUUGAUGAGGAAAACGAUCUUGUUUACCUACAUGUUUUGCUAGUAUUAGAUCACACCACUUCAUCAGAAAGAAAGAAAGAAUAAAAAAGCAAAAUGCGUACCUCUUCAAACCUGCAGUGCAAUCUUACUGUUGAACUUUAAUUUAUUGAUUUACCUUGUGGUAAGAAGCUGUUGUCCUGCAUGGGAAAGAGGACAGGGUGCUUUGGCCCGGCCACCAAAGAUCAAACUCCACUUUGCGUAUGUCUCCGUAAUCUCCAGCACUGCUCCUUUCCUCACCUUCCUCGCUGUCAGCCGUCUCCUAGCAAGACAUAACUUGGAGGGGAUGUGGGAAGAAAAGGGGGGGGGAUGAAAGGAGCAUUGUGAAAUUUUUAUUCCACCUCUUACUGUAGAUAUCCCAGUAUCAAAAAUUACAUACAGUCCGAAAAUGUCACACUACCCCAGAAGUUCAGAAAGUGCAACAUUUGUAGGUGAAUCUCAGAGGGUUUUAUUUUAUGUGCUUGUAUCAGAGUUAUUUACUUUCUCUUCACUGUCUGUUUACACAUUUCACAUGAGAAAAGGGCAAAAAAUUAUACAGUUACUUUUUGGGACAUUUUACACCUGAGCUUUCUCUGCUGAAGGAUGCUUAGUGUCACGGGUAUUUCAUCUCUUCUCCAUCGCUAUGACUGCCAACAUUGUGGAAUUAACACUAAUUUCUGGACCUCAGAAGAAAAGUUUUUAAAUUGUGGGACAUACCCUGCUAUCAGACGCCACCCAACAUUUCUCACCUGCUUAUUGCUAAAGAUAAAAUAGUUGGUGCAGUCAAAUAUGAAACCAGCGCCCUUUGAGUUUGCAAAUUCAGUGAGAUUUCAUGCCACACACUGAACUGUAUACCAUGAAGAAAUUCUGCAAAUGUGUUGUUGAAAGCUUCUCUAAAAGCCACGCCAUUGUGUCACUUAAAGCAAGCAGGCUUGGAGCUAAACUGAAACAUAUUGACAUGAUUUGCUUUGAUGACGAAUCCUGACCAGAAUUUAGUUAAUGGAUAUCAAAUUGUUGGACAUUAAAUACAUGAAUCUGUUAAUCUGUUUUUUCUAAUUUAAGUAGAGUAGGGAAGCAGCCUGAGAAAACCUUUAAUGGGAUCUCAAUGAAAUGGAUUCCCAUGGCCAACAAUAAGUAAGUAAGUAACUAAGUUUAAGCAGAAACACUUCAAAAUCUGGGAGAGUCACACCCAACACCUACUAUAUUCAUUUCUACAAAUUCCUAUCGUACAUCAAUAUUUUUUCUACUUUAUAUUCCAUCUUUCUAUUUAAUGAUAAAGGUAUGUGAAUUAAGGAUGAACAAAAAGUGAUUUUUACACACAGCAUCUAUGGUAUGGAACGCAUCAAUGCAUGCAGUUAAGUUCCUAAUUGUUAUGUGAGAUUAUAAUUGUGAUCGUUGUGUUUCAAAUAGUAAACUUAAAUUUAUUUAUUUUGAAAUUCUAUUGUUAGUUUUAUUUGUCUUGUUUUAUACAUUUUAUAAAUAGGCUUCCUUUAGUUGAUUUGGUCCAUAUAUUUUUUUUUCAUUCUGUUAUUAAUUACCACUGCUUUUAAUUUUAUAUUAGUUUUAUUGUAUGCAGAGAUGCCCUUCUAAGGUGUUACGCAUUGUGUUUUAAAUUUUUUCUGUUGUACUGAUGUACAGAACAUGUUCAGUAGUGUGAAUGAAUAUAAUCUCAGUGAAAAGCAACUUUCAGGCUGCCAAAGCAUGAUAGCAUGGUUUUCAGAUGUAAAUGAACUGGACACAAAGAAAAUCAUGUGUCACACUUACAUUUAACAGGAAACAUUGUACUCUGGUUAUAUUUACUGCAGAUAUUAUUAUUGUUACAAUUUAGCUUAUGGUUACUUUCCUUCCUCUGUUUCUGGGUCUUGUAUGGUCUACAUGCAUAUUUCAACAAACAAAUAUAAUGGAUUUUAUCUUGCAGCAUUUUUUUAUUAUUAUUAUCUAUCAAAAUAUGUUUGGGCAUUUGACCUCCUAAAUAAUACACACAUUGUAAGCAUGCCCUAUGGGACAAAUCACAUUUUUUUACUCUUGAAUAAAAUAUGCAUGAACAAAA